AACGACAGACUCUCACCAGACUUGUGACCAAAGCAUCGAAUACCGGAUCCAAACUCACAGCAUACCCACUCCCGCCAUCCAAUGCAAGAUGCCAGACUUCCCCUUCGAUGACGGCCUGACAAACACAAAACUCAUCCCGGCAAACGUUUUCACCCCACCGCCGAAAAGCCAGCAACAGGGAAGGCGGCAGCGUAAAAAGGCCGAAUGGGAGGAAAAAAACAGACUCCGCGCGGCUCAACGAGCCGCCGAAGGUCUCCCACCGCACGUACCGGAUCGAGAAGUGGAAUUUCUGAAGAAAAAACGGCAACGAGAAACCCAACGGCACCAAUCUCCCCCCACAAUGUCGCAAAGAGAAGGAAAAAAGGCUGAGGCUCUCCAUCAUGAAGAGCAAGCAAACGUCAAAAAGAAGCGAAAAAUCGAGGCUAGUAAUGGUGAAUUUCCAUUGCUGGACGGAGGUGUUCCGAGGCCGGUGAUACAACCCCAUCGAGAGCAAUUGAAAGCUCAAGCGCUUAGACUUAAGCCGCUGAGGGCCAAGUUACCGAUCUGGGAGCACCAGGGUUCUAUUCGAGCUGCGCUGAGAGAGAAGGACGUACUAGUCAUGCUCGGAGAGACUGGCAGCGGGAAGAGCACUCAGAUUGGGCAAUUUCUUAUUAAAGAGAAGUGGAUGGAUCGGCGGAGGGUUUCCAUCGCUUCCGGGAAUGGGGAUGGAAAGGAUAAAGAAGCUAUGGUCGGUGGAUGCAUAGCAAUUACACAACCACGCCGCGUCGCCGCGAUAAACCUUGCUCGGCGGGUAGCGCAGGAAGUGGGUUGCCAUCUCGGGGAUGAAGUCGGGUAUAGCGUUCGCUUCGACAAUAAGAGUUCGGAGAAAACACGGAUUAAAUUUCUCACGGACGGGAUGCUACUACAGGAGAUGUUGCAUGAUCCAUUAUUGAAGAGGUAUUCUGCCGUCGUCGUUGAUGAGGCGCAUGAGAGGACCGUGGGUACGGACCUGGUUAUGGGGUUCUUGAGGGGUUUGGUGUAUGGGGAGCGGAAGGGUCUGAAGGUUGUUGUUAUGAGUGCAACGAUGGAAGUUGACAAGAUAGCGCUGUUCUUUGAGAGGGAGAGAGACGCAGCGUUAGCGUUUAUUAAGGCGAAAGAGGAUAGAAGGAGGGGGAAGAAGAAUGUUGUGGAGGUCAAUGGGAAUGGGGGUGGUAAAGUGGAUGAUGGGAAGUUAUCGAAUGGGAUUGAGAAAGUCGAAGGUAGGAAGAAGAAGAGGAAGAGGGAAAAUGGUGAGGGCGCUCCAAGGAUAAACGGGAACCCGUAUGAUCGAAUGAGUGAUAGAAAGGACUCCUCUCCACCGUUUGUAAAUGGUGAAAGCAAGGGUUCAGGAGAAGGGAGUGGUAGCAGUAAUGGAAACUCUUCUGAAGAUCUUGACACCGACGAUGAGCAGUACGAUGGGACUGUCACUGCUUUCAGAGUUCCCGGGCGACAAUUCCCGGUGGAGAUAUAUCAUACACCGGAGCCGGUUUUGGACUAUGUUGAUGCAGCCUUGAGGACUGUCUUUCAAUUGCAUUAUGAAGAGCCCCUCCCAGGGGAUAUACUCGUAUUCCUAACGGGCCAAGAAGAGAUCGAAGCACUCCAAAAGCAAAUCGAGGACUACGCCCAGAGCAUGGACAAGAAGGUCCCCAAGGUGAGACAUUACCACUUCCGUCGUGAGGCAGUACUCUCUCUGACAUGGCCUAUAGAUCCUCGUCCUACCAUUGUACUCUGCCCUCCCCCCUGGCCUCCAACAGCGAGUCUUCCAACCCGCACAUGAAAAGAACACCCGAAAAGUCAUCCUCUCAACCAACAUUGCGGAAACCUCCGUUACAGUCCCGGGCGUCCGUCACGUGGUCGACUGUGGCAAAGUCAAGACGAAGCAGUACCGGCCAAGAAUCGGUCUCGAGUCAUUGCUUGUAACUCCCAUAUCCAAGUCCUCUGCUCUCCAACGAGCCGGUCGUGCUGGCCGUGAGGCUCCGGGAAAGUGCUAUAGGCUGUAUACCGAACGGGACUUUAUACCGUUAGCAGAUACCACGGUACCGGAGAUUUUGAGGUGCGAUGUUGCGUCUUCGAUACUUGUACUCAAGGCGCGGGGGCAAGAUAAUGUGCUUGCGUUUGAUUACUUGGAUUCGCCGGGGAGGGAGGCACUGGAGAGGGGUCUUGGGCACCUUUGUAUUCUGGGCGCACUUGAUAAUUCGGGGGGGAUUAACGAUUUGGGGCGUAAAAUGGCCAAAUUGCCAUUAGUACCCGCUCUGGCAAGAGUCCUUAUAGCGGCGGCGGAGCCUGAGCUGGAUUGUCUACAUGAAGCUAUUGACAUUAUCGCCGCGCUGUCGGUAGAGAAUAUCUUGCUAACCCCAACCGGCGAUGAGAAGCGUGAGCAAAUGGAAGAAGCACGGAAGGAAUUCGACAGACGGGAGGGAGACCACAUUAUGCUCUUAACACUAGUCCGUGAAUACGAAUCCCAACCGCAGAAAAAGGCCUGGGCGGAGAAACAUUUUGUUUCCCACCGCGCAAUGCAGAACCUCCUUGUACGCCCCCCACACCCCCUCCUCUAGAUCCCAGCUAACUGGGGAAAAAUCUUAGGACGUUCGUAAACAACUAAAGCAAUAUACCAUCCACUUCACACCUUCCUCCCCCUCGCUCACCCCAGCAGCGACGGUGACCCCAGACCUAGCAAGUCGAAUCCUGAAAUGCUUCCUAAAGGGCUUUCUUCACAACACCGCGAGGUUAGUCCAGGACGGGAGUUAUAGGACUGUCGUCGGGAAUCAGGCCGUUGCGAUCCAUCCCUCUAGCGUGCUGUUUGGGAAGAGAGUGGAGGCUAUUGUUUACCAUGAGUUUGUGUAUACCACUAGAGCAUUCGCGCGCGGGGUUUCGGCUGUAGAGAUGGGGUGGAUUGGGGAAGGGUCAGUGUGGGGUGGUUGAGAGUGCGAGGGAGGGGGGGGGAUGGUAAAUAGUCGUUCUGAUCAUUUACUUGUAAUUAUUAUAUCACUGUCACGGGGAAUUGGGAGGUGAGGAGAUAUUCUGGAAAAUAGUAUAUGUAC